GGCGGCUGCCCGAGUGCUCGGUCCCGGCGUUGAGUCUACCGCUCAGUCUGUCCACCUGUCUUUUGGUCGACCCAUCGGUGUGUCCCGAGCCGCUGCCGUCAUGGAGGCCUCGUCCGGCCUGGAUGCUUCACUUUUGAUUGCGGUUUUGGUAGUUGGUGCAUCAGUAUUACUACUGUCUUUAAAGAACAUAGGAUCCCCAAAGAAGAAAGACCUUAUCACUUUACUGGAUCCAAAUACAAAAUACCCACUGCCCCUGAUUGAUAAACAGGAAAUCAGCCAUGAUACCAAGAGGUUCCGGUUUGGACUUCCUACGUCAGAUCACAUUUUAGGACUCCCGAUAGGGCAACAUGUUUAUCUUUCUGCCAAAGUCAAUGGAAAUCUAGUGAUCCGGGCCUAUACUCCUGUUUCUAGUGAUGAAGUAAAAGGCUAUGUGGACCUUAUUAUUAAGGUUUAUUACAAAAACGUGCACCCUAAGUUUCCUGAGGGGGGAAAGAUGUCUCAGUACGUGGAUAACAUGAAGAUAGGGGACACCAUCGAUUUCCGAGGGCCAAACGGGCUCCUGAUUUAUAAUGGACCAGGUACGCUGGCAAUCAAACCGGAUAAGAAGAGUGAACCUAAGAUGAAGUUUGCCAAGAAUUUGGGAAUGAUUGCUGGUGGGACAGGAAUAACACCAAUGCUGCAGCUGAUUCGGCACAUUACCAAGAGUCCUGAAGAUGGUACCAAGUGCUCCCUAAUCUUUGCAAAUCAGACUGAGGAGGAUAUCCUUCUGAGAGCAGAGCUAGAAGAAGUGGUGAAGAAUCAUCCCAACCAGUUCAGUCUGUGGUACACUCUGGACAGGCCCCCUAAUGAUUGGAAAUAUAGCUCUGGAUUCAUUAAUGCAGACAUGAUCAAGGAUCAUCUCCCACCACCAGGAGAUGAUACCGUCAUUUUGAUGUGUGGUCCUCCUCCAAUGAUCCAGUUUGCCUGUCAGCCCAACCUGGAAAAACUGGGCUAUGCUCAAGACAAGACUUUUGCCUAUUAAAAAAUUCUUAUUAGCAAGUGUUGCUCGGUAUUUUUUGUAUUGAACUUCAGAAUGUCUUGUUCAAAUGAUUUUUUGAUCAUUUAGCCUAUUCUAAAAUAGCAUGGUUUUAAAAAUGUUAAAAUAAGUAGUUUUCUAAAUGAUCUUCUCUCAGAAUGAGUUGCAAAAUUUAAAAACACAUAUAAAACUUCCUGCUUUGUUAUCUUGUCUGAGAUUUCUGUGUGCUCUUUAAGUGUCUUGGUCAGGGACCAGGGCCUGAGAAGCUGUGCCCAAGAGAUUCAGUAGUACACUGGUCAUGUUAGAUCCAAAUGACAAGUGAUUGUAAUAGAUUUGCAGAACAGCAUUUGGCUUAACACUUUAGUGAAAUAAAAUUUGUGUAAAAUAAAAUUUAAAAUCUUG